AUGUCGGCCGAAGAGAAGGAUAACCCGGCAAUUGACGAGGGGCCGCACGCACGCCCUCCAUCUGGACACCUCACACCCGGGCAAACAAGCUCUGACACCUCAGAUAAGGAGCAUCAAAAUGAUGUGCCGGAAGAAAAUGUUCAAGGACAUCCUCAGGCCAACGUUGAACGCCCGCAUUCCCUUGCCGGCGAAGCCCUGUUUGUCGCUGUGCUUUGCUCCUCUCAGCUCCUUACUCAAGCUGGUCUCGCCAUAAGCAUCAUGCCACAACACAUCAUUGCCCGCUCCUUCGGCAUUGAAAAUCAGCCCGGCGAAGUGAGUUGGUUUUCAGCAGGAUACUCCCUCACCGUCGGGACCUUUAUUCUAAUCGCGGGCCGUCUCGGUGAUGUCUUCGGUCAUAAGGGUUUUUUCGUUGGUGGCUUUGCUUGGUUCGGCCUGUGGUCCGCCAUCGCCGGGUUCGCCGUGUACAGCGGCCCCAUUUUCUUCGCCUUCUGCCGUGCCAUGCAAGGCAUCGGUCCGGCCUUGUUGCUGCCCAACUGCAUUGCCAUCAUCAGCCGCUGCUAUGAGCCGGGACUCCGUCAAAACAUGGUUUUUUGUCUGUUUGGUGCCACCGCACCCACCGGCUUCCUUGUCGGCGCCGUCUUUAGCAGCCUACUCUCACAGAUGGCCUGGUGGCCCUGGGCUUAUUGGGUAAUGUGCUUCGCAUGCCUUCUUUUGGCUCUUUUGGGCAUCUUUGUCAUUCCCGCGACACCGCCGUCACCGAGCAGCCCGGAGCAUGAGAAGUCCAGUGUGUGGCAGCGUGUCGACAUCCUGGGUUCCGUCACAGGCGUGGCCGCCCUGGUUCUCUUUAACUUUGCCUGGAAUCAAGGUCCUGUUGUCGGCUGGCCAACACCCUACACUUACAUCACCAUGAUUAUUGGCGUAGCCAUUUUCGUCGUCUUCAUUCUCAUUGAAAAGCGGGUGCGACAUCCUCUGAUUCCCUUCGGCGUCCUGGAGAUCGACUCCCUCUUCACCUUGGCUUGCAUUAGCGCCGGAUGGUCCAGCUUCGGUAUCUUUGUCUACUACAUGUGCAAUCUUCUCAUGGUUCUCAGAGAUCAAACCCCUCUCUACACGUCGGCUCAGUUCGUCGCUAUCGCUAUAAGUGGGCUUUUGGCUGCCGUCACUACGGGUUUGAUCCUGAGCCACUUCCGCGCCUCAACCGUUAUGGUCAUCUCCAUGUCGGCUUUCCUCAUCGCAGGCAUCAUUAUUGCAACAGUACCCGUUCACCAGACCUACUGGGCGCAGACCUUUGUGGCCAUCAUCAUCCUUCCUUGGGGUAUGGACAUGUCCUUCCCGGCCGCAACCAUCGUCCUGAGCCGGGCUAUGCCACGACAGCACCAAGGACUAGCCGCUUCGUUGGUCAACACUUUUGUCAACUAUUCCAUCUCCAUUGGCCUCGGCUUCGCCGGCACAGUUGAUUCACAGGUAAGUAACAAAGGAAAGGAUAUUCUACGAGGUUAUCGGGGUGCUUUUUAUAUGGGUGUCGGUCUUUCCGGUCUGGGUGUAGUCCUAGCUUUAGUUUUCUGCUUCGUCGAGCGUCGUUGGCGGAAAGCAUCUGAGAAGAUACCGCAGGAAACGAACCAAACAACAGUGGGCAAUGUAUAG